AUGACCACUGCAUCCGUCGCCAGCGGCCACCAUGGGCGCAAAUCCGUCGACGCGGCCGCGGCAGACGAUGCCCUCGCCAAGAUGGGCUACAAAUCUGAGCUGCCGCGGAGUUUGAGCAUGCUCUCGGUCCUCGGCUUGUCCUUUGCCAUUAUGGCUGUGCCCUACGGUCUCAGUACUACAUUCUACAUCACGCUUUCCAACGGACAGUCCGUUACUAUCAUCUGGGGCUGGGUCCUGCUCUCCCUCAUCUCAACCGCCAUCGCCGCCUCCUUGGCCGAGAUCUGCUCCGUCUACCCAACUGCCGGCGGCGUGUACUACUGGGCUGCCCUGCUCUCCACACCGAGGUGGGCGCCGAUUGCCAGUUGGAUCACGGGAUGGCUGACGCUGGUUGGUAACUGGACCGUGACGCUAUCAAUCAACUUCGGCGGCGCGCAAUUGAUCCUCAGCGCCAUUUCUCUGUGGGACGAAGAGUUUGUGGCCAAUGAAUGGCAGACUGUUCUCAUGUUCUGGGCUGUCAUGUUGGUGUGCUAUCUCAUCAAUGUUUUCGGAUCGAAGUACCUGGACUUGAUCAAUACUAUUUGCAUCUACUGGACCGGAGCGGCGAUAGUCAUCAUCUUGAUUGUACUUCUGGUUAUGUCUCCAGAAAAACGGAGCGGCGAAUUCGUCUUCGCUCACUACGAUGCGUCCGCGUCGGGCUGGCCAUCGGGGUGGUCCUUCUUUGUAGGAUUACUGCAGCCUGCCUACGUCCUCACAGGUUAUGGCAUGGUUGCUGCCAUGUGCGAGGAAGUGCAGACGCCUGAGCGUGAGGUUCCGAAGGCUAUUGUUCUUUCUGUUGUUGCCGCGGGUAUCACAGGUCUCCUAUUUUUGAUCCCGAUCCUCUUCGUUCUCCCCGACGUGCAGACCCUCCUCGAUGUUGCCAACGGCCAGCCAAUUGGGUACAUCUUCAAGACCGCCACGGGGAGUGCCGGAGGCGGCUUUGGACUGCUGUUUCUCAUUCUGGGUAUCUGGUUGUUUGCUGGUGUUGGCGCCCUCACAGCCUCCAGUCGAUGCACCUAUGCCUUUGCACGUGACGGUGCCAUUCCUGGCUCUGGCCUCUGGAGCAAAGUUGACAAGCGUUUCGACAUCCCCCACUGGGCCCUCAUCCUUUCGACCAUUGUCGACUGCCUCCUGGGCUUGAUCUACUUCGGCUCCACUGCGGCUUUCAGCAGUUUCACCGGUGUUGCCACCAUCUGUCUCUGUACUUCUUACGGUCUCCCGAUUCUCGUGUCUGUCAUGCGCGGGAGAAAGCAUGUGGAACAUGCCUCAUUUUCUCUUGGAAAGAUUGGAUUUGUUACUAAUGUCACAACCCUGCUCUGGAUUGUGUUGGCUAUCUUCUUGUUCUGUAUGCCUACCAACCUCACCGAUCUCGAUGCCUCGAGUAUGAAUUAUGCGAGUGUUGUGUUCGCCGGCUUUGCAUCUAUCAGCAUGAUCUGGUACUUUGUUUGGGGCCGAAAGAACUUUUCAGGGCCACCUAUAUUGAAGUCCGAGUUGGCAGAACGGGGAGUUGGUGUGGUCAGAGGCCAGUCACUUGACGAGGAGGCCACUGCGGAGGCCAAAACGAUGAAGAAAGAUGGCAUUGAGAAGACAGCAUAG